AUGGCCUCCUCCAAAACCCUAAUCACAUCUCCCCCAACCCCUAAAUCCAAACACCAACCACUACCACAACCUCCCGUCUCCCUUCCUCUCAUCUCCACCACCACCAAACCCCUAAUCUCCCUCUCCCUCACUCCCAAAUCCCUCGCCGCCGCAGCCCUCGUAGCCGCCUCCGUCGCCGCGACUCCCUUCCCCUCCUUAGCAGUCGAGAUCGAAAAGGCCCAACUUUUUGACUUCGAUCUCACGCUUCCGAUCAUCGCCGCGGAGUUUCUUUUCCUCAUGUUCGCUCUCGACAAAGUAUACUACUCCCCCUUGGGGAAUUUUAUGGACAGCAGAGAUAAGGAAAUUAAAGAGAAGCUGAGCAGUGUGAAGGAUACUUCGAGUGAAGUGAAGCAAUUGGAGGAGCAGGCGGCGGCGAUUAUGAGAGCAGCGAGGGCGGAGAUAUCGGCGGCGUUGAACAAGAUGAAGAAGGAGACGGCGUUGGAGGUGGAUGCGAAGCUGGCGGAGGGGAGGAAGAAGGUGGAGGCGGAGUUGCAGGAGGCGUUGGCGAGUUUGGAGAAGCAAAAGGAAGAUACGAUCAAGUCGCUUGAUUCUCAGAUUGCGGCUCUUAGUCAGGAAAUUGUCAACAAGGUCCUUCCAGUUCAAUAA